AGCAAAGGAAGCUUCCUUAUCUUGGUUGUGGAAAUUUCAGAUUCCUAGUGGGUCAACUUUUCUCGUCAAUAAAUGAACUGAUGAAUGUAAAUUAAACAAAUUGAUCAAGAUAGUUGAGGAAGAAGAUCAGAAGACUCUCUCAAACUCAAGCCUCGCGGGCGUUGUUCUUUAUCUUGCCUGAUACUUGAAUAUUUCAUCAAUCACACUGGUUAGAUGAUGAGCUCAUUCUUGAAAGGAAGCAAAAGGCAGAAACAGGAAAGAUUUCUGUUGAAUGGUAAGAUUUUAUUGAAAGAGUUAAUUGCGUCUUCUAAUGGUAAAUAUAAUCCAAUCCGUAGCUUCACUGAUAAAGAGAUCAAGAUAGCAACAAACAAUUAUGAUCAACAGAAAAUUAUAACAAAGGAGGUCAUAUAUUCAUUAUACAAAGGUUUUCUACAAGAUCGACCCGUUUCUGUUAUGAAGUUUUCACCUGAUUUCUAUGAUCAAGCCGCAUUUGGUAUUAAUAGCAUUGUAUUUGCAUCGCAAAUGAGUCACAAAAAUAUUUUGAAGUUGAUUGGAUGUUGUUUAGAGUCUGAAGUUCACAUUCUAGUUUUUGAAUCUGUGGAGUAUGGGACUCUUGCUAAUCAUAUUUAUCGUUCACGUGAACCGUACUUUGAGCCUUUGUUAUUGACACAUAGGUUAAAGAUUGCUAUGGAGUUAGCUAAUGCAAUUGCAUAUCUCCAUUUCAAGUUCCCUCGACCCAUUGUUUUUAGAAUGAUCAGUCCAUUUACUAUUGUAUUCAAUGAAAAAUAUGUUGCCAAAUUGUGUGAUUUUUCAAACUCCAUAUCCAUGCCAGAAGGUGAAACUCACAUAGAGGAAUCAAAGGAUAGGAUUAUAGGAAUAGGGGGAUUUUUUGCACCCGAGCGUUUUACAACACCGAGAUUUAAUGAAAAGGUGGAUGUCUAUAGCUUUGGUGUUUUGCUACUUGUGCUUUUGACAGGUCUCAAAACACAUGAGCCUCCCAGUUGGAUUACUGAAACUCGUCUUGAUUGGAAUUUGGAGCAUGCUGUGAAAAAAUACAUUGAUCAAGAGAGGUUUACUGAGAUAGUUGAUCCCAUAGUUGUUGGUUCUGGACUAUCUCCCGAAAAAGAAGAGCAAUUGCAAGCAUUUGCAGAGCUUGCCUUUAAAUGUCUCUCUGAUUCAGCCGUAGACAGGCCAACAAUGAUUGAUGUAGCAAAACAACUUAGGCACAUUUAUAAUUCUACUUGUCAAUUAAUGUCUUAAUUUAUGUACUCAUUAUUACAAAGAUGUAAAUUUUCAUGCAUUUAUGAAGAUUGAGGAUGCCCUUGUAAUAUAUAUAUAUUGUCUCUAUUUCUAUAGAAGAAAUGUCAGCUUUCCAAAGAAAGCCAAGCGUCUCUAUAACUACAGAAGGACAAAAUUAUGAUUUUUGACAAAACAUAAGAGGCUUAACUUAGCAUU